AUGGCAGAUAUAAGCGACUCUCCUCCUCCUACCCCGACACGAGGCCAACCAAGGUUCAAAAAUGGAAUUUCACCUUGUGAAUUUCCGGAUGAAUAUUAUCCUGGGGGCCUUCACCCAGUUCAUCUGGAUGAUGUCUUCAAUGAUGGCCAGUACAAGGUCAUCCGCAAACUUGGACAAGGUUCCUUCUCUACAGUCUGGCUUGCCCAUGACCUAAAGAACUCUCGAUAUGUAGCUUUGAAGAUUCUUAUCUCAGACAAAGAGAAACAAUCCCGAGAAUUGGAGAUCUUGCACCAUCUUAUCAAAGUCGCUCCUGAAUCGGCCCAGUAUAUUACGCAACUUCUCGAUGAGUUUGAAAACGAUGGUCCUAACGGCACGCAUACAUGUCGCAUAAAGCUGGGUGACAAGGAGCAGUAUCCGCUCCAGACCGCAAAACAUGUCUUCAGGGACGUCUUGAAGGGAUUGAACUUUCUUCAUAAGAACGGCAUUUCCCAUGGAGACUUGCAGCCAGGAAACGUCCUUUUCGCAGUUAGACAAAUCGAUUCCUAUAAUGAAGCAACCCUCCGCCACGUAGAAAAGUGGAAAGGUUGGUCGUCAUGCUUGGUCGAGAGAAUAGAUGGCAAGGAAGAUAAAUGGGCACCUAAGUACCUGUAUGCCGCAGAGCCGCUGUCUAACUACACAGGUCUUGAUGGGCACUGGAACAUCAUUAAUGAGAACCUCACGGUAAAGCUAUCAGACAUGGGUGGCGCAUAUUUCUUCAACGAUCCUCCCAAGAAGCCUAUUGUCCCGACCGGUCUUCGAGCUCCCGAACUAAUUCUGAAAGGUGAACUUCACAAAACUCAGGAUAUCUGGAGCUUCGGAUGCAUCCUCUUCGAAAUGAUCACUGGAAGUCCUCUUUUCUACAUAUUCGGCCCAAGCGACGACGACCCCUCCUUACUAGAUGACGAACAUCUCCUCGAGGUCAUCGAUAGGCUUGGCCCACUCCCCGGUGAGCUAUACAAGUACUGGAAGACCUCCUCACGAUACUACACCCAGGAUGGAACAAAGUACAACUGUAUGAUUGGCGGUGUUCCUGAGGGUCGGGAGCCGCUUAUGCUGGAAGAGAGUUCCAUGGAACAAGCCUUUGAAAUCAAUAGUCCAGAUAUGACCGAGGAGGAGGCACAGGAGGUCAAAAAGCUCAUUCGAUGGAUUCUUCAGUACGAUCCUGCUAAGAGACCCUCGGCUGAGGAGAUCCUCCGUCAUCCAUGGUUUGCAAAGGACUCAAGCGAGCAGGUAGAGUAG